AUGGCUCAACUCCUUGCGCUGGCCUCGAUCCUGGGAAGGCCAAACACACCAAGUAAACCCAGCGGCGUGGUUACCUCCAUGUUGAGCUUGCGAAGGUCGAAACAGUCGGGCAACCGGAUGACGCCGACACAGCCAGCCUUACUUGGGACUGCCAUUCAGAGCCUGUCAUUCACCUUCACCAAACACUUGGAGGUCUCGGACGUGAGUCCCAGCAGGCAGAGCCCUGACGGAAAUGCCGAUCACAUAAUUAAUCGCCCGGUGGUCACGGACGGAAAUGGCAACAGACUUGUUGAUCGUGGUUGGCGGACGGAAAGCUGUCGUCUCGUCCAGGAAGUCCUCGAGUUUUGCGGGACGGCCAAGCCCAAACCAAGAAAAGGCAGGCGAGCGCAGGCUCAAAUGGGAAGAGGACAAGGGGUGCGUAUGAGAUCGUCGUGA